UCCAAAUUAAUUACUAUCACUAUCAUUUUGCAGAAUCAAUAGAAGUGGUUGCCAGCUGGCCGUACUAUGGACCUUAAAACCAAUCACAGAAUCUUAGAACUGAAAUGUGAUGAUAAUUGCUAGCCUUUUAUAAUAAUUUGUGCUUUACAAAUGUUCUCAUUUUAACAACACAACAAUCCUAACAGAUAGGAGCUAUCAACCCCACUUUAUAGAUGAGGAAACUCAAGCAGACAAGUGAUUUGCCCAAUGUAAUAAAAUAUCUGAAGCCCAAUUUAAAUUUAAAUCUUCAGACUCCCAGUUCUUCACUUUUCCCAUCUUGCUUUAUGACUCCUUUUUAAAGUUAGAUAUCAUCACCUUAACCACUUGUUUUAAUGAAAAUCUAUAAAGGAACCAAGCCUAAAACUCAGACUUGUAGACUCUUAAUCCUGCAUGCUUUUCAGUAUAUCACUCAGUCCCCUCUUCCUGAGUCUAUCAAUUUGAUGUUUCAUUAUCUAAAAGCUGGUCGUAAUCACACAUAUUUAAUCUCACUGAGUUUGCUCUUUCCUACCAAUCAGAUCUUGUCCCAUAUUAAAGAAAAAGUUUAACAAUGGAAUGCAGGAGAACAGCUAAUAUGUGAAGGAAAAGCAUAACCACUGUUUGAUUUACUUUCCCCACAUCUUAGUCUCAUAGUAACCUGGUUGCACUUCUUAAGUAGAGCGACUUCAUUCUUUUUGGUGCAAUGGCUCCCAAACUAUAUUCAAUUUUAGACCAUAACAUUUGAAGACAAGGAAAAAAAAAAGACAAACAGUAUAUGCUCUCCUAAGAUAUAAAAGAAGCUGCAAUUUAGAAAAGGGCAAAUCCUAUUUAUCUCAUUCUGAUGAGGUGUUUAUCAUAAAGCUACUUUGUGGUCACUAGGCAACUGGAAGAUUCUGUUGCAGAAGAAUUCUUGCUAUGGGUAGUGUCAACAGGACCAGGCAGUUAUCAACAAGUGUGGUAUGGAUAACAAAUCAUAUCACUAUGUGAAUUUGUGAACUAACAAGUAGAUCACAAAUGAUUCUUUGGAGAUACAAAAUGAUACAGAAGACUAUACAUUGAAAAAACAGAAUGAAGUUAAUCAGUGAAAAACUGCCUAUGAGUCCCCAAAGUGCUCCAUUCCAGUGUCCUAUCAAGACUCAGAAAUUAAACAAAUGGAAAAAGGAGAAGGAAGAUUAUUACAAUCAUUCGAAAUUAGUGGAAAAGGCAUUACAAUUACUGAAGGAAAGAAUAAAAAAAGGAGAUCCUCUGGCACGUUUCCUGCGAGGUCAGCUAUACUUUGAAGAGGGAUGGUAUGAGGAAGCAUUAGAUCAAUUUGAAGAAAUCCAGGAGAAUGAUCAUCAAGCUGUUUACCAAUUGGGAGUUAUGUAUUAUGAUGGGCUGGGGACGAAAGCAAAUCCUGAAAAAGGAGUGGAAUAUAUGAAGAAAAUUCUUGAAUCUCCUUGUCCCAAAACAAGACAUUUAAAAUAUGCAGCUGCAUACAACUUGGGAAGAGCUUAUCAUGAAGGACAAGGUGUUCCACAUAAUGAUGAGGAAGCUGAAAGACUAUGGCUUUUUGCUGCAGAUAAUGGAAAUCCAAAAGCUAGCAUCAAAGCUCAGAGUAUCUUGGGUUUGUACUAUUCUACAAAAGAGCCUCAGGAAUUGGAAAAGGCAUUUUUCUGGCAUUCAGAAGCUUGUGGCAAUGGAAACUUGGAGUCCCAGGGUGCACUUGGUCUUAUGUACUUUUAUGGACAAGGUGUUCAUCAAGAUAUUGAUGCUGCUCUUCAGUGCUUGCGGCAAGCAGCUGACCGUGGAAAUGUCUAUGCUCAAGGCAAUCUUGUCGAAUAUUACUAUAAAAUGAAGUUUUUUACAAAAUGUGUUGCAUUUUCAAAGAGGAUUUCUGAAUAUGAUGUCUGCCAUGAUGUUCCCACAAUAGCCCAAAUGACUGACUGUCUUCCUGAAUACAUAACCAAAGGCAUAGCAAAGGCUUCCUUCUAUUAUGCAAGGUGUCUUCAGCUUGGCUUGGGUAUCACAAAGGAUGAAGCAGAAGCCAGAAAGUAUUAUGCCAAGGCAUGUCAUCUGUGUCCUGCACUAGCUGAUGAACUUUACUCUUUGGUUAUUUGUCAAAAAAUUUAAGCUAUAAUACAGAGUAGCAAAGAUAAGCAACUCCCAAUUAUGUGUGUAUUUUUUCUAGAAGUUUGUAUUUCAUUUUUCUGUAUAACUAAUUAUAGGAAUUGUACUCAGUUGGCCACAUUACUUAUGAUACCAUCUGUAUUCUUCAAUUCAAGCACUCUGUCUUUCACAAGGUAAAUAAUAAUUAAUGUAAUGAAGUCCUUGGAACCUCAAGUGAUGUACCACCUGGGACUAAAUAGAAAUCAUUUCAUAUAGAAAAACUCAUUCAAGAUAGAGAAGUAGCAGGAUGUGCUCCUUGAAAUUGCUAAUAACUUGUGUUUUUUAAAAUAUUGUUUUGUAUAUUGAUAUUCUAAGACCUUAAUUAAAAUGCACAAAAUAAAAUUGUUUUCUGGUGCAUUCUACUACAGCUGCUACUUUCAUGAUGAGUUAGAAGUAACCAAGUGAAGUAAGAUGUUUCUCCUGUGUAUUUUAACCAAAUGCACCCAAUUACUAUUUUAAAAAUAUUUUGUGAUCGUAACAUGAAUCAAAUCGUUCAACAAUAAAAAUUGAAUAAAAAUGCUGUUUUUGUAAAGUAGCUCUAAUAGAGAAUAAACAUGCUCUAUUCAGUGAUAGGUAUUUAAAAAAAUGAAAUCUCACAAUGGUCAAAAUUUCAAAAAGAAUUGCUUUAGAAGAUUGUAUAAAAAUCUUUGUUUCCAGGAACAGGUGAAGAAACAUACUCUCUCUUUCCCUUGGUAGAGUUGUGAAGGAUUAUAGGCGUGAGGAAUAUUUCAUACAUCAAAAACAAAUCUCUCGAUUAAACUUUUCUUUGAUAAAAGAUGGAGUUCAUGGUACAGUCAAAAAAUGACUGCUAUAAAAGCAUAAGGCAGUAGGGGAAAACGGGAUGGUAUAAAGAUACAAAUUUAUAGAAAUUUCCUUAUUUAAUGAUGUGACAAUAGAAAUGACAAUUAUGCCAUCCCUGUUAAGGCUAUGUAUGUCAAAACUAUAGCUAUCUUAAUGCCAAGAUGAUUUAAAUGAAGAAUGACUUCCAUUUUGGGGAUGGACUAAAAAAAGUAGCUGAUGUGGAAUUGUGGCUGGCUAUUGUUGUAUAAUUUUAAUUAUUCAGUACUUCAAUUUUUUUUUCUUAAGGGAUGAAAUAUCAAGACUAAUGGAUGUUUUCAAGUGAUCAUCUUCUGGACAAAAUUGUAUUUAAACUAUUCCUGAGAAUGGUGGAGCUCCCUUCUUUAAAAAUCCACUUAAUUAUUCCACAGCUUCUUUAGUUACAUACUUCAGUAUCUCAAAAACUUGAAAGAUUUUUUCUUAAAUAUAUUUCAUUUUCAAAUAAUAUGCCUUUAAAUAUUUUAAAGGCCUAAAGCCUUCUCUUCCUUCUCAAGACUUCAUAAACCCUGUUCCCUUACCCAAUAUAAGAAAACAUUAAGUCAAUAUUAAUAAGUUUUAACGAAAUUUGCUGUAUCGCUUAACCCAAAUGUGAGACUACUUAAAAAUUGUCACUGUCUCAGAUAUGUCUCAAAAAUCCACAUACUGGUUAAUUUUUCAUGUCUACUAAUCAAUUUGUAUUUCAGUUAAUUGUAAUUGUAGCAAUUGUAACAUUUUGUAACAAAUUGUAAUUAUAGCAAUAUCUACCUGCCCUCAGGGAAUGAGGUGCUGAAUUAUUGAUAAUUCAGUGAGUCAAUUCUUGUGAUUUCUUAAAAGCUAAAUAAAGAUUAAAAUGAAUACUACUUGGUUUCAGCUUUGGAGUUGUACCAUAUCAGAAUGAAGCAAAUACUUUACAAUCUUGUUCCAGCUAAUGAGUCAAGAGCUAAGUCCUUUCCACUAGCAAGUUUGCCCUGUGGCUUGGAAAUAUGUCCGGAUUAUAAAAGUUGUGCCAAGAGAUUUUCAAAGUAUCUACAAGAACAUUUGCAGUUCUUUAUGAAAUGUUGAGUAUUUAUUUCCAAGAAAUUAGGAACAUAAUAGACACUAUCACAUUUCCCAGAGUGUUGCCUAAUAAUGUAGAAAUAGGACUGAAUUACAAUUGAAAAAGCAGCAGGAUCAAGUAUACAAAGAGGUCUAUAGUGGAGGUGACAGAAUUUUGAGGGCACUGAUUUUCACAGUAGCUAAAAUGAAA